AUGAUUCGGCAAGCGAAUGUGUAUUACUCUAUUUCAGGACCCAAGACUGCAACUGUUUCAUUCGUGCCCCCUGAAGGCAUACUCUACGUUGGCACUAAAGAUGUCAUAACAUGCGUGGUAGCAGACAAUUCGGAUGCCCCAGGAGCACUUACACUUGAAGCGACACCAAACGAUGAAAAGUUAUUUUUACUGGACAAAGCUAAGGCGCAAAUCAAACCGCCGAGUGGCUCUGAGACAUAUCAUAUUGCUGGAAAUUCUACCGUAAAGUGCACCUGGACUGGGACAUCGGAGGUGCCGGUCGUGAAAUCUCUAGAUGUUCAAGUAUUA